AACGUGACCGUUCUUCGUUAUUUCGCGUGGAUAAAAAUUUUUGCUGUUGAGCUUUUUUGUUGAAUUUUCGUUAAAUCUCAGUUAGCAAUAAUGACUGGUCGUGGUAAGGGUGGUAAAGUCAAGGGAAAGGCUAAGUCCCGUUCCAGCCGUGCUGGCCUGCAGUUCCCCGUCGGUCGUAUCCAUCGUAUGCUGCGCAAGGGCAAUUAUGGCGAGCGUAUUGGUGCUGGCGCUCCCGUCUACCUGGCUGCCGUUCUGGAGUACUUGGCCGCUGAAGUCCUCGAACUGGCUGGCAAUGCUGCGCGUGACAACAAGAAGACCCGUAUCAUUCCGCGUCAUCUCCAGUUGGCCAUCCGUAACGACGAAGAGUUGAAUAAGCUGCUGUCUGGUGUGACGAUCGCCCAGGGUGGUGUGCUGCCCAACAUCGCACCGACACUGCUGCCCAAGAAGACCGCGGGUGGUCCCCAGGAGACCCAUGUGGAGCCCAAACCGAAGUCUGGAGGCAAGAAGGCCGCUGCUCCGGCUGCCGAAGCCUCCCAGGAAGUCUAAUGAAGAACCUCUUCCCUCUGGUUAAUUCCACCUGCCAGCAUUGUCAUCGCUUGUAAAGUUGUAGUACAAAAUUUCUGUCGUAACAGAACAUCGGAAUUAUUGUUCCAUUUUCAGUUGUCGUAUAGCAGAUCUCAGUUUCAGUUUUACAUCUUGACCUUGUACAGCAUGACACCGGAUGGAUAGAGUUGUUAUGAGUUGCAUCACCUGUUUGAACUUUAAACGGAAUUAAAAAUAAGACGCCAGCAAAUG